AUGAAAUUGAGACAUCACGUUCCUGGCGCUGACAAAGGAAGAUUUCAUGGCACUGGCAUGAAAUUCGGUCCUGCGACUGUCAUCGCUGGUUAUGUCAAGACGUUCCAAACACCCACUCAUUCGUUCGGUAACCUCUCAUUAGCGUCUCAAGGCAUCCCAUUGAAGCAUCCUCGCCAUGAGGAAGACAUCUGCAUUACGGAUGAAGGCGCUGACAAGCUCACCCCACCAGAAUCGGGCAAGUCAACGCUCGGCAUUCUCCUUCAGCGGUACCUUGUCAGGCGGGGUCGAAAUGCCAUUUAUCUCUCGAUGCUCAACCUACAUGGCGAUUGUAAAUGGGCCUUACAGAGCGAUGCCAAGUUUGACAUUUUCUGGAAGGAAGAGACAGGAAGGACUCUGGGAGGAUUUGUCAGAGGCAGUACCCAGAUGGACAUUAUAAUUGACGAAGCUCAAAUUCUCUAUGGCAAUGUGAUACCUUACUUUUGGUUCAUUCUGAAAGACUUGAAGAGCGGAACUCGCAAUCCUCACCUACGCGUGUUACUUAUAGGCAUGUACGGUGAGGAAGACUGCCCUGAAGAUCGCUUGAGCAAUCUGUAUGGUGAUUUUGUUCCGGAUUUCAAGAUUCCAGAGGAGGUGUGGAUGCCAUUUACAAAGCAACUGCUAGACAUGUUGGCCUUGUCAGGCACAGCUUUCGGAUCCUGGCGGACGAAUUUCGGAGUGGAAGUUCAAGCGCUGCGGUUUGGUCGUCGAUGCCAGAGGCUGUCGACUACAGUUUGCAGCCCCAUUGGUGCGGAUCUUUUUGAUGGAUCGCUUGUUUACUGCCUCACUGCACCUCAGGGAUCAUUUGGUCAAAGCGAACGAUUUCGAUGCGUUUCUACGAAUGAGCAUCGAGCGUAUGCGGCCCUCCGCAUUGAGAAGAUCUUUGAGCAUAGCAAUCACGAAAAUGCACGGCUUUAUGAGAGGGCAUGGCAGCAAGAAUGGUACAGGGCAGCGACAACAGCUAUACCAAAAGAUAGGGAAAUUAGUCCUGAUGUUGGCCCCAUUUUUGGCGCAACAGGAUUCAUAGACUUUUACAUCAGUGGCCUUGAAUGGGAUGUGGAGUUUUUGCGUGAAGGCGAUGAUAUGAAGGGGCAUGCCCGCCGAUUUUCUCGUGGAGGUUCAUACGCAAAAAUACCCCUAAAACACUGGGCCAUCGUCGACUUUCGCCAUCAAUUGAGGCGACUCAGCUGUGAACAACCCAAUUUUUGGCAUGUGCUGUGUGCUGAUGACUACACCAAUGUCAACAUCAGGCGUCUGAACAAGCAGCCCCUUCCGACCAUUUUGCGUGGUGACGAUUUGCCCUAG